AUGAGAACGAUGUCUGAUGAGACAGAACCAAGGAUGUGUGAUGAAGAUCUGGAGUCAGAUGAGGGGGACGUUGAGGACUACCUGGAGGAAGAGGAGGGGGACGUUGAGGACUACCUGGAGGAAGAGGAGAACAGCAGAGAACUAAUGGACCGACUCAGAGAACUAGAGGUGAGUCAACCACAAUCAUAAUGAACUGAAUAUAAAGCAUCUCAAAUUAUAUUAUUUUUAAAAUAUAAUUUCAGCACAUAUUCAGCGCUUUCAUUAAAAUGUUCACAUGAAACAUUUACAGUUAUGAAUAAUCUAUUGGCUUCUUUUAACAGACAGAGAAUUCAGCUCUUGUGUUGGCAAAUGAGAGUCAAAGAGAGGCAUAUGAGAGAUGUCUGGAUGAGGUGGCCAACCAUGUGGUCCAAGCUCUACUCAACCAAAAGGUAAACUGACAAUUCAUCCUCAACAAUCAAUCAUUAUUGAAAGUCCAUUUUGAAUCACAACCAGUAAGACAUGGGUUGUGGUUUUAAUGAUAUGUUUUGUUUUUACAUAUAUGCAGGAUCUGCGAGAGGAGUGCAUCAAGCUAAAGAUGCAUGUGUUUGACCUGGAGAGACAGAACAGAGUGCUCUGUGAGCUCUUCCAACAGAAACUACCCAACCAGUCAAGCUCGCACGACCAGGUAUAAAGUAAUAUCACAAUCUGCCCUGAGACAUGGCUGUAGACUCCUACGGCAACAUUACGUCAUAAGAGUCUACAGCCAUGUUACACCAUAGGAGUCUACAGCCAUGUUACACACUCUUAGAAAAAAAAGGUGCUAUCUAGAAUCUUAAAGGGUUCUCCGACUGUCUCCAUAGGAGAAUCCUUUGAAGAACCCUUUUUGGUUCCAGGUACAACCCUUUUGGAUUCCAUGUAGAACCCUUUCUACAGAGGGUUCUACAUGGAACCCAAAAGGGUUCUACCUGGAACCAAAAAGGGUUUUUCUUAUGAGGACAGCCGAAGAACACUUUUGGAACCCCUUUUCUUUUUAAAGAGUGCACUAUAGGAGUCUACAGCCAUGUCUCAGGGCAUUGUCAUAAUAUGCUGUGUAUUGAUGUCCUGCUGCUGUGUGUUGUAAUGUAGCCUAUAGUAUAGAGUCCUAUAACAAUUUUUUGCUUAAAGUGGUGUACAUGAUAUCCUAAUUGCAUUGAAUUUACUGUUACAGGUGCAGCCAGGACCCCUCCCAGUGUACAAUACACAGCUGCUGCACAAUGUCUCUGACAAACAGGUGGAGUCACAGUCACAGAGUCAAGCACAAGCCAAGGUGUGGACAAUGCACAGUCAACACUUAAUCCUGAGACAUGGCUGUAGACUCCUAUUGGGAUAAACACUGUCUGGGUUACGUUAGCAGUCAUGACUUAUACUGUUGGGUCCAUGGUUUCUCAUAUGAAAUGGCAUUUCCUUUCUAUUUCACUAUAGUAAAGACCUGGACUUUCUAAUCUCUGUUAAACUGAUUUCCUUCACUUAUGCCAACAGUGUUUUUGUUCUGUAGAUUUUUCAUAUACAGUAUGAGGCUGCUGUCUUGUUGAAGUGUUAUUGAAAGAAAUUAUAUGAAUCUUGUUUAUAACCUUUAUUUAACCAGUUAGUUAUUGAGAACACAUUCACUUCUACAAUAACAACCUGACAAUCUUUCUCUCAACAGGGAAAUGGGUUCCACCGCACACUGCCACAGGCCCCAGCAACUCCCCCCCGAGGCCCAGCCGCAUCCAUGGAGGCCCUGUCCCCAUUCUUCAAGAAGAAAGCACACAUCCUGGAGGUCCUCCGCAAGAUGGAGGAGACCGACCCCCUCAAGUUCCACCCCUCGGCAGGCAGCAUCUCCUUCUGUGACUACAGCCAGGUUCUGAUGUCCACAGAGGCUGUCCUGGCUGCUGGAGACCUGUGUAAGAAGCACCAGACACGCUGCCGCUGCUCCUGCUCAGACUCUGACAACACGCAACACCAGCAGCACAUGAAUGGUGAAGGGCAGUUAUGUCCUACUCACUGCAAGAAGAGCACAGACAUUCCAGUCAAAUGUAACCAUAUUUGCACUCCAAAGCCUAACUCAACCCCGAACCACAUCAAAGGCACAUCCACCACAGCUGCUAUUAGUGAAUUCCACAUCAAGAGCACAUCAGUGGAGAAACACCAGACAAUGAAUGACCACCAGCAACCAGCGGGUCCCAACUCUUACUUGUCAAUCACAGGCGUAGAUCAGACUAGUCCAGCCAAUCAGUGCCCAGAGGCAGAGAUAAAGACAGGGCAGGUCCAGGGCACAGAUGAAGAGGGCUGUCUUAAAGGAAAAUCUGAAGACAGCAGUUUGUUUACUUCCCAACUGCCUGUCCCUGGAGUGAAGGACAACCCUCAGAUUGCAUACUGUGAGCUGGAAACCAAUGGGUUUCUCCUCUCCUCCAAUGAUAGUGAUGAUGUGUUGAGUGAUGUAGUAAUCCCAGAGAAAGACAGUGGCCCAGCAGAGGAGGGGGCUCUCUCAGGGAGAGCCAACGUGGCCUUCAGCCCCAUCCCCUCCUCCUGCCUCAUCGACGUCAAAGCUGCUGCUAUCAACUCCUCGUCCAGGAUCGUAAAGUUUAUAAAGAUCCCCACGAUGGCAGAGAGAACCCAGGCAGUGGCCAGUGCUGUCCGUCUGAGCCCACAGCUCACCCGAACCUCCAAGAUCCCCUGCCGUACCAAUAACUAUGAGGUGUACCACUCCCCCGUCCCCUCCCGCAGAGCCACCACCACAGAGAGGACCAGGCAGCCUCCUCCUCCACCCGCCAGGUCAGAGUCCUACCCAGCCACCACACACUCAGCCUCAGCCCCCACCUCCCCGCCACAGCCUGAGGAUGCCUGCUCUCCUCCAGCCAAGGAGCUUUGCUACAGCAGCCUCUCUGCCCCCAAGGCAAGCCGUGGUGUUCCCAAGCCACUGGCCCCUGGCACUUCGCAGACACCCAGGGCCUCUUCUCAGAAGGUCCCGUACUAUGAGAACGUUUCGGCACUCUCCAUCUCGGCUCAGCUGGAAGAAUCCAAGGUCCCAGAGAACAUAAACAUAUCAUCUUCCUCUUUUACCAACACAGAUAGUGACAGGAAGCAAGUGAAUUCACUACUACAUAAAGAGAAUGUCCGGAGUCUCCAGCUGCAGCAUUUCUCCCCUGCCUCGGACUCCCCCUCCUCCUCAUCUUCCUCAUCCUCUUCAUCCUCGUCCGAUCAGGAUGUGAACACAGACAGCCCAGUCUGGCACGGCCACCACAGUCUGCCCAACCCUUCUGCCCUCAGAGCAGCUCAGUCUCAGGGGAGCCCUGCUCACUACGCCAGCAUGAAAGACAGAGGAUCACAGGACCAGGACGCUAGAGAAACCACCAUGCAGAACUCUGAUCUCUCCCAGUCCCAGCAUCCAGCUCUCCCAGCCAAGAGACACGAUCCCUCAUCCAUUCCCAAGAGGCCUUCUCGGGUAGCAGGGCCAGGGAGGCAGCCAGCCGAGUCUAGUCACACAUUCAAAGACAGGCUGGCUGCACUUGGCAAGCUGAGGAGCUCUGAGGAUUUACAAGUCAAUGUGCUGCUGCCAGUUGACAAGCCAGACCCUCAUAGUGAUGAGAGUAUAGUCACUUUUAACAUUGACAGGAGUAAGACAGCGGAGAAGCCUGUGGAUGGUAAUUUAGAGGAGCAGAGGCACUCGAAAUAUACAGACUCUUUGGAUGUUAAGCCUAAAGGUAUUCUUGGUAGUGUUGUUUUGAAGUUCCCUGGUGCCUGUCAGUCCUACGAUCCAGCAGCUAAGUCUCUUCUCUCUGGCUCUUCAGUCGCUAAGGCAGAGCUGGAGACGCUCUCAUCCAGAGUGGGUGUGACUAAUACAGACAACCCCAAAGGUAAACUGGGCCUACCGUCCCCAAACACUGACACUCCCAUAGUUCUACAGAACAUGAAAUGCCCAGCUUCUCUGAACCUGUCUUACCAUGGUAAACAACCUGCACCCAGCAUCCCUCAGAGCAGCAACAGCCCCAACAAAGUCAUGCCUAAGUCCCCGUCUAAACCGUGCCAGGCCCUGGCUCCCUCACCCUCAGCUGUCAGUAGAGGUGGAACUGGGAAACCCACCCUGGAUGCCCCAGCACUGACACCACGCUACUCAUCCAAGUCAGAGGACAGGAGCAAGCUCAACGCAAACAAGAAGAGAAACACCACAGUGCGCGGAGACAGCCUUCCUCCCCCAAGGCCAACAUCAGGCACACAGCAGGAGGAGGAGAGACACCUUGUCCCUAUUGUCCCCAGCCCCACCCCCGGCCCUACGUCAGCCAUGGAAGAGAAGGUGAUGAAGGGUAUUGAGGAGAACAUGCUGAAACUGGCAGAGCAGGACCGGGACAGAGGACAGGUAUUGAUGUUUGUUUUCUCUAACUAUGGUAUAGUGUUGUGUUUUAAUGUGUUAUUAUCAAGUAUUUCAGAGUGUUUGCUGUCAGCAAUUUGAUAAAUAAAAACUUUGAACAGGUCACCGAGGUGAAACAGAAAGGCUCCAAUGGCAUCGCAAGCUGGUUCGGCCUGAAGAAAAGCAAACUCCCAGCUCUGAACCGCAAACCAGACACGCCUCCUAAAAUCAAAGACGAGAAGAAGGGUGGAGAGUGGAGGCUGAAUAUCCCUUCCAAGAUGGCGGGGUCUAAGUCUAAAGGAGAGGGGGUGGGGGUGGAGAGCCUGAAUAUCUCUAUGCUGAUGGAGAAGGCGGAGGGUCUGAGGAGAGCUCUGGAGGAGGAGAGAGCCUACAUGAACGGGGUCGAGGGGGCUGGGAGGGACCGCUCUGGGAGGGGUCACUCCUGUGAGGUGGUGAUGGACCAAUCACAGGGCCAGUUGUCUGUGAUGUACAGGGGAGCGCGCUCAGACAAUUUCAUGCAGCAGUUACUGAACAGGUGAAGAAAUGAUAGAAGCAAGCACUGUUGGAUUCUAUGUAUAAGCCAGUUAAGAUUGAUCUAUUGUAAAAAGUGAAUUUUGUGCAAAGGUGGAAAGAUCAGUUGUUUUGUGUUGCCUUUCCUUUUAUAAACAAAUUCCUUAAUCUGUUGUGACUAUAGGGUGGAUGGGAAGGACUUCAGUGGCAUCAGUGUGGCCCAGAGACGCCUCUCCUUUGACUGUAAGACCUCCAGACCAUUCAGCAGCCACCAUACAGACAGCAUCAUCAGCCACAACACCAACAGAGAGGACAUGCAGAAGGUAGGCUACAGCUGAAUUACGAUGAGUAUUCAUUAGGGGUUCACAGCGAAACUAUUGUUAUUGUCUGAAUUCUUCUUCUUUUUUCCUUGACAUGGUCUAAUAACUCAAGCAUAGAUUGGUUAAAAAAGUAUCUAAUUUGGUACACAGAAACUAGAGCCCACUUUGUGUGUAGGUAUCUUUCUUCAUGCUGAACAAAUUUGCUUUAAGGACCUAUAAGGUCCAUCAUUUUGGAAAUGUGGGAAAAGUUGACAAAUAACAAAUCUGAUUUUACAUGUCCAUUUAAACCACUGUUAAUCCACUCAACAGUUGCCUAUCAACCUGAAACGUGGAAUCGCUAUCAUGGUUGUCCCUAAGAUGAACCACACUGAAUUUGGUAUUGAUAUCUCAAAAAACAAGGAAACUAUUAACAACUCAUUCUUGCAUAUGUCAUGCUAAUGCUCAAAAUCAUCUGCAAUCAUCUUAUCCAACUGAUCUUGUGUCCUUUCCGUUCAUUGCUGCUCGCAGCUGUAUUUUUCACUUUAUUAUGUGUGACUAUUAUGUUAUUAUGUGAUUAUUGUUGUGUGUAUUAUGUAUGUUUUUUGGCUGUUAUUUCACUUCAUGAAUGUGUGAAUGUGCGUAUUGAGAACUCUGUUUCUGUUUUUUCUUUACUCAGGGUUCAGAACAUCUGAUAAGUAACAUCCCCUCAUAUGAGAAUUUAGCUGACCCAGUUCACUCCCAGCCCUUUGCAGGUAGGAAAAUGGUCUGCUCACAAUCCUUGUUUAUGGAGGCAUCCAGUCUUGCUUUGAUUUAGUUCAUCCUUACACUUUACAUAAUCAAAACAGAAAAUGUUUUACAUUUCAUAAUUGCCUUUGGUAUACAGGAGCUAUUAACCGAAAAUGACAACGUGCACAUUUAUCAAAAUGUAACAAGUGCAAUUCCUCUCCUCUCUCUCUACUUCUCCCCUCUCCUACUAGCUUCUGGAGCCUCCACUUACACACUAGACAGUGGCAUUGGCACCUUCCCUCUGCCUGACUACAGUAGUGGGGCAGCAGGAAGAAGCAUGUCUAAGAUGAGGGGGGCUGGAGCUGAGCAUGGCUCCUCUAGUUCCCCGGGGAGGGUAGGAAGGAGGGCUAGGACCCUGGACAGAGAACCCACGUCCCUGGAGCAGUGCUAUCAACCUCACAGAGAGAUGACCACGCCGGUACUGUACGGGUCUGUACUGGAGGGGAAAGGCAUGAACAGACAGACAGCUGGGGUCAUUCAUGAAGGUACAGUACUGAGAAAUAUACAUCACAGUUCAUAAUAUCAAAUGCUGUAUAUCACAGUAUGCAAUAUGAAAUAUAUCACAAUACACUAUAUCAAAUAUUUAAUACUCAAAAUCAAACACAUCAUAAUACCUGUAUAGCAAUCUGAUGAUUUGGUAUAAGAAACUUUAAUGAGUUUUAUACAAUAAAUACUUUAUGUAUGGACUCUUUCAUUUAGAAUAAUCCUGAAUAAAAUGUAUUUUGUAACCUUUGCAGACAAAGAAGCUUAUGGAGCUCACAUGCUGUCCCCCCACUCAAAGACCUGGACGUUCCCCAACCUGAAGACCCCUACAGGGCCCACUGAGGUGUACCUGGCCAUGGAGGAAGAGGUGGAGACUGCCCCCUAUGGAUCCCCAUUCAGAGGGGUGGGUUGAAAAUGAUAAUAAUGUCAGACUAACUAUUUUUCAUUUGUAAUAUUUAAAUUCUUUACAAUAAUGUAUUCAUGAAUAAUUUAGAAUAGGAUUAUUAAAAAUUAAUUGUGGAUUUGUGACAUUUGUGAACUUUUUACAAAUAACUAAUGACUCUCUCUUCCCUCCCUCCUUAUCCCUCCCUCCUUUCCCUCUUUCCUCCUCCCUCCCUCCCUCCCUCCCUCCCUCAUUCUCUCCCCCCUCCUCCUCUCUCCACUCCUCUUCCACCUCCUCCUUAUAGAAGGCCUGUGGUCCCUCUGUCUCUCGUAACAUGGAUCCCAGCAGUCUGCCGGUGCCGGCCCAGACAGGGUUGAGCCGACGUGGGAAGAUCCGCAGUACGCCCAGUGCCCCAGACAUGGGCCUUGGCCGGGAGGCGGGCCUGGAGCUGGUAAGGGAGAGGCCUGAAGAGGCCCUCUCCCCCAGCCGACCCCAGGUCCUAGAGACCCCCGAGUCGCUCAGUGACUCUCUCUACGACAGCCUCUCUUCCUGUGGUAGCCAGGGAUGA